GGAUCCAGAACUCCGCUGUUGAUAUCAAUGAGCUCCAGCUCGUGGUGCCAAGUCGGGAGAAUGAAAACAACAACCACUCUGUCAGCCGGGAGCAGGCGGUCACUUCCUGCAGAGGCAGCACAGAACAGUCUCCUCAGGAUACUGACCCAGAUGUGCCCUCUUCCACCUCUGCAGUGACCACCGAGACAGGGAGCGAUGAAGUGUUCAUUAUUUCUGCUGGACCUGGAGCCAGUGGACUGAGCUUUACUACCUACAGAAUACAGGACAAAAACCUAAAAAGAAGUGUCACAAGCCCAGGCUCUGUGUCUGACUGGGUGACUUCUGGUCACAUGGCUGCAGGAACAGAUACUGUUGAGAAGAGGAAUGUCCAGAUGGAAAAUCAUUAUCCCAGACAACGCACCUGGAGUGCCCGCACUUUCCAUGACUUCCUGGCUCCAAUACCACAGCUACAAAAAAAGUGGUGUAGCUGGACCACCAAUAGUCCCUUCACAAAGCUGGUUGACAACAGUGGUUUUCCUACAGCUGCAAGAAUCCAAGGUGUUCCAACCAGAAAGGUGAUUUCAGCCACUGAGAUAGAGGGAGCUUCAGAAACAGUUUACUCUGAUUCAUCUGUCAGCAAUGCCUCAUACCCCCUCACUCUGUCUGCACAAAGGCAGCGGAAGCUAAGCUCCUGCAACCUGAAGAAAUCCAGGUUUGGAAAUCCUUACUUUGGAUUUUUAGCUGGUUCUCCUGACAACAAACGCGUGAGGUCCUUGGAUUCCUCAAGACAUCUAGGGGCAGCAUCUCCAGUUAACAACCAAAGCCCCAAGAGUACUCUGGAGAGCUCCAACCCCUUGAAAAUCAACUUGGCCAAUGCUUCAAAAACAAAGGACCUUGGGGGAGAAGCAGAUAAAAACAAACCAGUUUUCGUCAUUUCUGAAGAAGGAGAUGAUCAGCAGCCUCUGGUCCUAGCUGAACAUCUUAGUCAAUGUGGAGAUCAUCUGUCUGAACCAAAUGCUGCGUACAAAGUAACAGUACCAGACAAACAACCAGUGGUUCUGACUGUUGAGGGUAACAGUUCUGCCAGUUUAACAUCAAAUCUUCCAUUUUGGGCAAAAUCUCCUGGUUUAUACAAAAGUCAGGUGAAGGUCCCUAACUCUACCAGGGACCAGCAGAGCUCAUCAGUUGUAGAUGCUAAUACUAGUGAGACCUCACAGAACUUUGAUACCCUAGCUGCUCCUACGCUAUGUCAAGCUUCAGUCCAGUGAUGCUCUCAGAAAGACUGAACCACCAGUUCACAAAAAGAGAGGCAGCAGGCACAUGAACAGAGUGGAAGCAGUGCCAAAUAGUUGUGCGACAGCUAUACAUGGACACAACUUUGUUCAGAGAGUAGUCUUUGAAUCACCACUGGGAUUACAGCUAUAUGUACUACAGAACAGCACAAAUACCAUCCUCCCUUUUGCUCAUUAACCUCAAACCUAUUCUUCUGCAUGGAAUUUUGAUAUGCUUUAUUCAUGAAAGCAUCUGAAAAGGUAUUUCACACUGCAGGAAGUCUUUUCUGGAAUGAGAUAUGAAAGUCAUCUGAGAUGGUUACGUCAUGGUUUAUAUCUGAAAUGUAAGUCAGUUCUCUGUCACUGUGGUACCUCUUGAGUCUUUCUGGUAGAAGCUAUGAGUUAAAUUGUGCUCAUAGGUGUGCCUGUACAAGUAAGAAUUCAUCUUGCACGUUUGCAUACUGUUUUGUAAACAAUUCUAAACAUUUCAUAACUUCUGCACUCUAGCACAAAGUUUACCAAGUAUUAACAUCUUUAAUAUUAAAAAUCAUGAUUAUCUCACAUACUAAUUCAUUAAAGAAGAGUGCAGAUAAACUGAGCAGAAGUAUACUGUACGCUAAUUUUAUUGAAGUCUGACCUAGCUUUAUUUUUGUUAGAUCUACAUAAGCUUACAAUGCCUCAGUCCGCUACAUUUUUAAGCAACUCCUCCUGGCAACAGGAACAUGUGUACAAAAAUACUGAAAUACUCAUUAGGAAUAGUCUUUUCAGCACCCAACACUUAGAUAUUUGCAGCUGCUCUGAUCCUAUAUUCACCAACUAUUUAUUACUGGUAACGCACACUGACUGGAGAACUAUUUCCCUUCCUUUUGCAGGCAAGACUUAAAAGGCAAAAAUCAAGUCUAGCAAACUUUAAGUGAUCCCCCCCUUUUUUUUUUUUAGAAAAUAAGUACCUGUGCCACUUUGAUUACAAAUCCAGGGCAGUCAGUGGUGCACAGAACCAAAGGGAAGGUUGCUUGUCCUAUUGCCUUUAAUAAUCCCAUCACUGUUGUAAUUACCUUCUGGUGAUAUUUUCCUGUCUUUGCUAAAGAAUCUUGCAUAUUCAAAUCACAACUUAGAAUUAUUUUGCUUUAAAAAAAAUAGUAAAAUUAAAGAAAUUCCCUAGGAAGCUGUAUUUUACAGCUGACAUAAGAUAUUAUUUUAAAGCAAAUUAUAUUACUGAACAGGUGCCAGGAAGAAAUCUCCCAUACAAGUCUCCCGUAUUAGCUACAGUGUGUGACAAGUGAGUCAUCUUAAUCCUUCUAUGUUAAAGCAUUUAAGUCUGAUUCCUGGAAUAUUUAACUGAAUUAUUUAUGAUUUCACCUGCUGUUACAGUCUCCAUCUGCCACCUAUUAAUGUCUGAGAUAUGCAACACAAGAUUGUAGGUUUUACCUAAUACUUUGUGUAUGUGUCUACACAGACAUAAGCCUUGCAUCUAGUAACAGUGGCAGCAAAAACAUAUGCCUUGUAGCAGUUGACUCAAACGAACAGCAGACAAAUCUCAGCAUUUAUUAUUACCAGAUGGCAUUGAAUAGUUUUGAAGCAUAAAACUCUGUCUCUAAGUUCUUUGCUUUAUUUUUAAAUUAAUGUAACAUAAUUCAGAGGGAUGAAUUAAUAUAUUUAUGACAAAAAGAAUACUGCAGGCUUCUAAACAUCGAAUGAUUUCCACUGUGUUAAUUCAUACACAUCGUAAAACAGAGUCAAUGUUAUGUUACUUAUUACAUUUCUAGAGAUAGAAGUACUAAAAUCUACUUUGAAAAAGUAAUUGUGUUCAGUUAUUGACAAUACCUAUAUGUUAUGGGCUGGGAAAGUGGCUUUUUUUCAAUAAAAAUGUUUAACUAUUAACUUCUGCAAUGUAAUGACAGUUUAUUUUACUGAAAUACUAAGUUGGAUAGAUGCUGCCCCAGAGCACCAAGAUGUGUCCUGAUGCACACCAGUGCCACUACUGCAGCAUUCAGUUAAACACCCAAGCUUUAGAGCGUGGUUUUCUUCUCAGUAACCUAACUAGCAAGGUUGUUUACACACUGACUUUCUCUACCGGGUACCUUUGUAACUAAAGAGCAGAAUCUACCAGGAACAACCAGAAGCACAGCACAUGGGAGACUUAAGCUUAAAUUCCUGGCUUGCCUUUUGAAGUUUCUAUUUGUUUUUUUAGACAGAUCAUUACAAUUAACUGUUAAAAAUGUCAGUAUCUUUUGUUUUGUACCUUCAAAGAACUUGAAAGAGAUUUUCCUCCAUUUUGAAAUUCUUCUCAACUUAAAAAUGGAAGUUCUGAGUGCUGUAGUAGUUCCACCUGUAAAUACCAACUAAGAUUAAUUCUUAAAACAAAACACUACUACAGCACUUGUUCCUAACAGCUAUAUUAUUUUAAGAAACACAUCACAAUCUUUUCAUGACAGAAAACCCCACAGCUCAUGGACUCUGGAUUCAGUUUUACCUUUGUGGUAAUACAGUCACUUUACUGUGCUCUUUUGCAUACUGUAACUAAGCAGCAAAUGGGAUAAGCAUGCUAAACACUCGCUGAAGAGGAAGAAAGUUUCAAUUGCAAUUGCAUGGGAAAAAUGUCUUAAAAUGUUAUAGGAUCUAACAAAAAGGAGCACUUUUCAGUUAUACUGGAUUUGAAUAAUGUACACUAUUUAAAAAAUAUAAUUAUUCUGGAAUAUGCCAGACACUCCCUUCAGCGUGUUAUGUAGAUUGAAUAGGACAUUAAAAAAAGAAACAAAACAAGACUGGGGGCAUUCCUUGCUUAUUUGAUUGUUGGAUACAGAGCUUCAGAAUAAAAGCUUGAAGCUAUACAAACCAACAAGAAUCCGGUGCUCUCGGUUUCUUACUGUCAGGUAGUUACAUGGUUGAGCACAGAGCCUUGAUGGGAAAACAACCAGAACGAUUUAAGGUGCAAAUGCAUCCUAAUUUUUAGGAUAUAGAGUAGCAAUAAGCAAGUUUGGUUAAAGCAGAGUACUGUCUUAUAGCUUAGGUAGCAGCUAAACUACUGUCACUAUUAGAGAAAGAAAAAUUGUUCAUAAUUUGCUAACAGAAACAUGAAUUGAAGUUUCCUUUCAGAAAUCAACUUUUUUUUUUUUUUUUAAGAGCAGUUGGUUACAAAACAAUCUUAACUGUGCAGUUCUCUCCCCCUCCAUGAGAAGGGCAUGUGAGUAACAACUAAACACAGUGGAUUCAACUACUUCAUACAGUCAACUACCAGAUCUUAUUCUAAAUAAUUAAAGAUUAAUUUGGAUUGCAAGGAAAAAAUGCAACUCCUAAGCCAACACUUACCUAACGAAAGCAAGCAACUGAAACUCAGUAGGACUGAAAAGAACACUCAACAGAGACCAAAUAUAGCUUCAACGUAUAUUCAUGGUCUGUCUAGAAAUGUCUUUGAUGUUAAACCUCAUAUGGCACACUUAGCAUUUUUUAUAAUUCAUUUCCUAUGGAAACUAAUGAGCUUAAGGGUGAAAUUACCUCAUUGAAAGUCAAAAUGGUGAAGUGUGAAGAAAAGAAGAAUGACCUGAAAAGCAGAUUUAGAAGCAAUCUUUGCAUAUUAAGCAUUGCUAUGGGAAAUAGUAUAAUUAGUUUCUUCAGAAGUUUUUCCUCAGAAUUGUGUAAGUGGUAUUUGAGUUCCAAACAUCCUGCAGAAAUAAAGUUAGAUAAAAUAGUUGGAAAAACUGCAAAACCCCCACAUAUUCUUUCAAAACCAAGAGAUUCUUCUUCUAACUUCCAAUAAUAUGACCAUCAGUGGCUUAUUUUUAGAGCAGACUGUACAAAAUAAAGCCCCAUCCCAACAGAAUUUUGUAAGAAGCCAUUAAAAAAAAAAUCAGAGCACAAUUUAAAACAGAGCAUUCUCUUCUCAAAUUCUUAACUCUUUCUUGAAUCACUUAUUUCCUUAAGCUCUCACUGUAAGCUAAGCCAUCUGUACUACACAGUUCUACUAGAAGUUAAAAGUGGAUCUAAAAUGGAUGUAUUUUGUUUGCAAGAUGAAUGAGUCAAUGACUGAGCUUUGUCAGAACUGAUAGAGCGUUAAGUAAAAAAAAAAACCAACAGCUUUCUCAAACUAAUUUAGUUACAGGUAGUUUUGUGACACCAUAGAGUAUAAGAUGUUUCAAUCCACCAAUAUUAAUGCAAAACAAGCCUUUUUUGACUACUGUGAGUUCUAAGGCCUAUUAGUUUGUCUGAUGGCAUACAGAACAAUAUAGCACUUUUGUAUUACUGAACCACAAGUUUUAAUCUCUUAAACCUAGUCUGAAGCAGAAAUGACAGCUGGCUUAAGAACAGAGUUCAGAUAAGACUACAACAGUAACGGAUAUCCUGCUUCAACUGCAGGAAAGCAGCAGUGCAAAAGACCCUGGAAUGCUAAGCUGCAAUUUGAAGUGUAACUCACAGCCUCGCUAUCUGCAGCAUCAGACAGAAUGAGGGUACAGAGAAGUCUUACUUCCUCAGUGAGAAAAAAAAUCUAAUAAAAAGAAAAGUACUAUUAAUAGUAAUUAUUUGAAAUCUUAUCACUUAUAUAAAUUAGAUCAUUGAAAAUGCAGAAGGUAUAAAGAUUAACACAGUAUGACAUUUUCUCUACCCUGCUCUUAAAUGAGUCGCAUUACAUAAUGCUGUCAGUUCAGUCUCCACAGUACUGUAGGAAUUUCAGUUUCAGUUCAUUUAAAAAAAAGUGAACUUUUUUUUUUUUUUUUUUACUAACAUCGAGGUACUGUUUUUAAACAGAUAUUUGUUAUAAAUCCUGCAGACAGACUCAUGAUCCUUUAUGAUACGAUGUGACAUUUGUAAUGAAGUUUGGGGGAGUUUCUGUGAAGGACAAAAAAAACCCUUAUAUUUAGUUAGUACAAGUUCAAGGAUGAUAUUUCAUUGUAAAAUUUCAACAUUCAAGUAACUGAUGGUGUGACCAAUCAUGAGAAAAGCUGACAUACAUCCAUGCCUGUGGUGAGAGAACAUGCCACAAAAAAAAAAAAAACAGAUUACUCCAGUUGUUUUUUUUUUUUUAAAAGUUUUUUUAAUUAAUAACUUCUUAAUUCAGGAAAAAAAACCCAAAGAGAACUGGAAGAACUACGCUCCACCUUCUUUAUAAAAGAACUCUCUCAAAGAGACUAUAUACUUUAUCACCACUAUGUCAAAGCCUAUCAUAAUCACCCUGGCUUUCACAGCAUCUAUUCUACCACGUUUCAUGCUCAGCUUCCAAGUAUCUCUUAUAAAGGAGGUGGGAGUGUGCUUUAGACAGGUUAAAAAAUAUGCUGCACCUUUCCAGUAUUUAAACAGUUACACCAAGCAUAGUUCAUACAUUUAUCACAUUAACUAUCAUCUGGUAACCAUACAUUUAAAAAGGUCUAGAGUAUGUAAUACCCACGACAGAUACUCUUACUUAUGUAAGAGCAUAUAAAGAUCAGGAUUUAUUCACCCUCCCCAUCUGCAAGUUAGUUUUUCCUCACCUAGUCCUGGUACAAUAUAAAUGACAAAAGAAUCCCUUCAUUCCAUUGCACUACGUCAACCCUAUAUGCAUAGAAAGAUCAAUUAUCUGUAACAGCAAAAAAAGUUUUUUGAAGGGAAUCUGAAGAACCUCUACUGCACAGGUAGUUUAGAUGUUAAGUACAUCAGUUCAAUUUCUUUCUCAGGGUUUUUUUUUUUUUUUAUCACAUAAUAUAUCCUUAUAUAAACAUAACUUGAAGUGCAAGUGAGGUUGUACAUAGUACUGCAGACAUGAUUUUUGACCAAAAAAACCCAACUCAGCACAAGAGGCUUGAACACUAGCACAGUGACAAGUCUAUGCUGAGAGCCCAUCUGGGGUGUGGGAAGUGGUGAAUGAGAAUGCAAAGCACAUUUCUGCAUAUAAUGUGCAAAGGCUUGAUCUCCACAACUGCACUCAUUUUGCUACAUGCACAGCCAGAGAUGAAAAAUGAGAUAAAAACAGCUGGGAAUGGUUGUCCUGAGAAGAUAACAAUAACCAUUAAAAAAAAUCUAAACAUAAAAUACAAAUACAGAAGCAACAGAACAUCGUUAAUAAUACUAAAAGACAGAAACGCAAUGCUGUUAAAAAGUUUCAAGUAUUAUUCCAGAUCCAAUUUCAAUCCUACUCACAGGAGAAAAUGCCCAGAGAUUAGGAAGAGAAGUCCACACAAAAGUGUAUUUUUAAUAGCAUACAGGCAUGGUCAGCAGACCCAUCCUUACGGCAGCUAUUUUAGAAAAUAAAAGUCUAAACAUAAAUGCAUAAUUUUAAUUAGCAUUCAUAUUAAGAUGUGCGUUACUGGAAAUAGUUUAACUCACUGACGCCAGUAGACACGAUGUGCUGCAUCAUUUGUGCUCCACUGUAACACAAGAUAGCUGUGUACACUUUUUAAUAUUGAAGUAUAAAUCCUACUCACAAAAUAAGGCAUACUUGAAAAGAACAUGGUAUCUACAGAGGUAACGUGGUAUGUUUUCUUCUCAUUCUGUUUCACUCUAAGUAUGAUGAAAGAGAGAAAUUGGUCCCAGUUGAGCUUUGUGAACAUUAACUACCAAGUUACUUUGAAAUAGAUUAAAUCAUAUUAACUGGCGGGGAAGUUGGGGGGGGGGGGGGGGGGGGGGGGGGAGGAAUAGUGUUGAGAUAUUUUUUGAAGUGAUUGCAUGGGAUGUUUCUGGAACAAGCUUUCCAAAAGGCGUGAAAAUAAAAGCUAUGUUGUUGAUGACAGCGAUACCAGCGCCCCCCUUCAUCAUUCUUACCCCAAGCUAGAAAUGCCUCCAUAUUGCUACAAUCUGUCAAUUGGUUUCUGAAAGAUUGUUUUUUCCAGUAAAGCUGCUAUAUUCUGUUUUAAAUUAUAGCCUUUUCUACAUUUUCACCAGUGUAUGCAUGCUAGAGAACAGCUGCAUGGCAGAGGUACAUACUUAGCAUACAAUAUCAAAAGAAAUACAAAAAAUGAACCAGUGUGUCCUACUGGCUGCUGCUCUAUGUCAAAAGCACUGUUUGGUCUUCUGAUAUAAAGUACUACAGAAGUAAUAUUAGCAGAAGGCUGUUCUGCUUCAAGUAUUACCCCAACUUUAAAUGCAAUUCUCAAAUUUUUGUGCAAUUACUUUCUGUAAUUUAACGUGAAUAAAACCCA